AUGAAAGGACUAUUUGGUCUUUUCAGAUAUAAGGAGGGUGUACCUGUUAGAAGAGGUUAUCGGAGUAACCAGAUUGGUAAACCAUAUGUUGUUCCUUGUAAGGUUACUGGGAAAUGUGGUUCUGUUACUGUAAGAAUGGUUCCUGCUCCUCUUGGUGCUGGUAUUGUUGCUGCUAGAGUUCCUAAGAAGGUUUUGCAGUUUUCCACUGUUUUUACUUCUUUUAAAAUGCUUGCUCACAUCCCCGAAAUAGAAUCAAGUGCUAUGGCUCAUGUUCGGUUCACUGAUGUUUCAGAUACUAUUCCAAACAUGCAGGACCUCAGUGACCCUCCAGCAAAAAACUAUUUCUUGUUUGAACUGGUUGAUGGCUUCGGUGAGGAAAAUUAUGAUGAGGAGCCUGAGGGAGAUGAUUUUGAUGUAGAACAUAUAAUGGUUUGGGUGCAAAUAUACAAGCAUUUGGAAUAG